AUGAUUUCUCAAAUCUUUUUCAUUUAUUGGUAAAUCUCUAUCAGCAUUAAUUGUAAGUUUAUUUCUGGAUUUGGAUAAGUUACGAAUUUGUUCAAAGGUAUCACUAAAUCGAUACUAAAAGUUGGGCUUGAAAUCAAUUUGUUUCUUUCAAUUUUCUCAGGUAUACUUGAUAAGGAAAUAAGCAAUUACCUUAAAAAAUAUAUGUUAAUUAGAUAAGCUAAAACUUGUAUUAAUGAACUAAAAAUCAGCAGAAAUUAUUGCUCAAGGUAUUUGGCUAAUUGA